AGUGCGGCAGUCGGUUUGACUAGCUGUUAGGAUGACAGAGAAUGAAACCAAUGACUUUUCAAGGAAGGAAUUGGUAAAAGUUGUAACAUCAGGUAUAGGAGAACCUACACCGGGAUUUGGUUUAGGUGUCAUCGACAGGGAGGCAAAAUCAUUUCAUUUCUAUGAAAAAGAAAAACGAGAGUCAGAUGAAAAUUGUGUCAAAGAAAAAGAGAGGAAUGAAUUAAUAUUUGGAUGGGACAAUUUACAGAACGAUUCAGCUUCAGUUGUUCGUCCAAGGUUGAUUUUUGUACGGAGUAAAUAUGAUGAAUUAGAAACACCGAUUAGGAUGAAUACACAAGAAAUGGAAACAUCUGAAAAUGUAUUCAACAAGCCAGAUGACAAUCAAUAUGAAGGAAAACACCACGAAAUUGAGAAGUAUACCAAUACUCUAAAAGAGGAAGAAGAUGAUAAACACAUUACCCUUAAAAAUGCAUCUGAUAAAAAAAUAAGAAAUUCAAAGGCCAACAAUUUAGAUAAAUAUAGCGGGACUGGUCAUGGAGAGAAAUCUAUGUCAACAAAGCAGAAGGCUGAUGACACUCGAAGUAGCAUUUGUCUUGAAGAGAAAAACAAUACUGUGAAACCAAACACUGAUGACAAACACAAUAAACUUUGUCGUGGAAAGAAAUAUGGGUCCGCAAAGGCAAAUAUUGAUGAAAAACAUUGUAGACUUGGGUCUUUAAAGCCUGACUCUGACGGAAAACCCAGUAGCAUUGGUCCUGGAGAGAAAUGCGGGUUUUCUGAAAGUGAUAACCAAAAGAAAUACAAGAAUCCCGAUAAAAAACGGAAACAAACCAAAAGAAAAACUAACCGAAAAACUAAGCAAUUGUCAGACGAAAUCAAAGAAAAACCAAAAAUCGAUUCCUUCAAAUUAGAAUCAGUGUUUACAGAUAAGCCAAUCAAUCUUUAUGUUGGCUUAGGUAUGCAAUUGUCACCACGGAUAAGGCUUUCCCCGCUACCAAUUAAACCAAAGGUCCAUUUAGAUAAACAUCAGAGAAAACGCCGUGUGAAGAAACCAUCCGAAGGAAAAUAUAGUGAAAAGACCGGCAAUGGCGUCUCAUCUGAAGUUGUUAUCAAUGUACGAUCAACAGAGGAACAAAUCGGCCAAUCCAAAGACAAUUUGCGACUACGAUUGUCUUUCAAAAAACGCCACAGCGGUUCUGCAGGAAAAAUUGAAAGUGUCGAUGACAUAAAGGAAAGCAAAUCAAAGGCUGAUUCCAUCAAAACAGCUGAAUGUUCAACAUCAUGUGAAGACUCACACGAUACAGUUCGAAAUUACUUUAAAGAAAUCGUUAUAACUGAUGUCAACCAACUGGUACCAAUUAAUGCAGAUUCCGCCGCCAAAGAAGCAGAUACAAGUGUUCAAAACUCAGAAAUUCAGACAAAAAGCAAGAAAAUGAAAAACAAUGUCAGAAGAAUACAGGUUCGAGAGUUCCAGAAUGAAGAAGAAGAAAAUGUCACAGAAGAGCAGACUGGUCCGGCUGAAACAGAAGUUGAUGAGCCUUCAAAUAAAGCGAAGUCAAAAUUCAAAGUCGGAAAUUUAAUGAAAUACAUUGAUGGAAAAAUGUCCAAGUUCAGAAAACUGUUGAAGAAUUGAUAAUUGUAUCCAAGAAAAGGAUAUUAAGAAUCGUUGAAAAUUAGAUAUGAAAUAAAA